UGCGCGCGCGGAUGGUCACAUGACCACGGGCGUUAGGAAAGCAGCAGCAGCAGCAGCGGCUCUUGAAUACCGACACACCAAGCGGAGAAGAGUUUACUCAGCUCCAGAGCUCGCUUACAAACUUCACACAGCUCUCAGGAUCUCCGUUAUAAACCGCUACUACAAAUCAUUUUGCCAAGAGCUGGAGGUCCAGAGAGGUCGAAUGGCCUGGAAAUAGCGUUACUACUGACGGCUACAAUCUUUGAGAGUAACCAAAACAAAUCUGAGCGGUCAUGCGGGAGUCCGGACAGUUUGUGGAUUUUUUUCUGACCUUUACAAAUCGCGCACAAUAGUGAUCUGAAUUUCGGCGUGUUUCACAAGUCUGUGUUUGUGUUAAACUGUUGAACAGAUAUUUAUAUUUAUUUUUUAUUUUUUUGCAAGCGAGACACUCUGUCGAGAAAAUCUGACUCAAAGCGGGACUUCGCUGGAGAAAUAAGGACUGAAGAGGAGACCUCUUGAAAGCGCCUGUGUGGAGGAGUCUGGUGGAGUCUCUUCUCCUCUUCAUAACACUGAUUUUUCUGACAUUUAAAGCAGACGUUUUUUAAAUAUGGUGGGGGAAAUGGAAACAAAAGAGAAGCCCAAGCCGAGUCCUGACUAUCUCAUGCAGCUGAUGAACGACAAGAAACUGAUGAGCAGCCUGCCUAACUUUUGUGGGAUUUUCAACCAUCUAGAGCGGCUUCUGGACGAAGAGAUUGGCCGGGUACGGAAGGACAUGUACAAUGACACACUGAACAGUAGUACAGACAAAAGGACAUCGGAGCUCCCAGACGCCGUGGGGCCUAUUGCACAGCUCCAGGAGAAACUUUAUGUGCCUGUAAAAGAAUAUCCAGACUUCAAUUUUGUGGGGAGAAUCCUCGGCCCACGUGGGCUCACUGCCAAACAGCUGGAAGCUGAAACAGGCUGCAAGAUAAUGGUGCGAGGCAAAGGCUCCAUGAGAGACAAGAAGAAGGAGGAGCAGAACCGUGGAAAGCCUAACUGGGAGCAUCUGAACGAGGACCUGCACGUGCUUAUCACAGUUGAAGACUCACAGAACCGUGCUGAGAUAAAACUCAAGAGAGCCGUGGAGGAAGUUAAGAAGCUGCUUGUCCCUGCAGCUGAAGGUGAAGACAACUUGAAAAAAAUGCAGCUGAUGGAGCUGGCAAUUCUCAACGGCACCUACCGAGAUGCCAACAUCAAAUCACCAGCCUUGGCUUUCUCUUUGGCUGCCAGUGCCCAGGCUCCUCGCAUCAUCACCGGCCCCUCCCCAGUGAUGCCCAGCGCAGCUCUGCGUACUCCUGCCCCUGCUGCUCCCACCCUCAUGCCUCUCAUCCGACAGAUCCAGACCUCUGCUCUCAUGCCUGCUGGCACCCCUCACCCCACUGCCACCCUGGUGCCCCAGACCCCCGAGUCGGGUAUUAUCUACACCCCAUACGAGUAUCCCUAUACUCUGGCCCCUGCCACCUCUAUCCUUGAGUAUCCCAUUGACUCCAGUGGUGUAUUAGGUAUGGCCUUCCCCACAAAAGGCUAAUAGAGUUGGUGGACAGUCUGCAUUCCUCAAAAAUGUUAACUUUUUGUUAUAUCUAGCAGUUGCAGAACAACAAAACAAAAACCCCCUAAUAGUUUGUUAACUAAAAACAAUAGACAAACCAAGACGAAAAAAAUCAUUACUACUGAUGUUUACACUGGUUUUAACUUCCCAGAGUUUAUUCUUUUUUUAACUUUGGAUUAUUUUGGUUUGUCUUUGACUUAUGAAAUAAUUCUAAAUUAAGAAUACAUACAAUAUUAAUGAUUUUUAAUAAAGUAAAUUUGUCAUUAUCACUGUGCUUUGAAUAUCCUCGUACAGUUUGAAACCAUGUCAGCUACAUUCCCUGUGCUUGCUUCAUCUCUGAGUGCUCUCAAAGUAUUAUCAGUAUUAUAGCUGACUCUGUGUUAUAAAAUGUAAUUAUAAGUGAAGCACUUGCAGUGUGCCAAUGUAAAUCUAGCUAUAAGAUUCUGUGUGAAAUUAAUCUAUCUUAGUAAAAGAAGUGUGUCCUUUUUUUAGAGAGAGAGAGAGAAAGAGAUGGUUCCAAGGGCUCUGUUGUCAUAGUUCAGGAAGUGAAGCAAUAUGAAAACUUGUCUUAUGUCACCUCCUAGAAAUACUUGGGGUGUUUGCAAAUUCCAAUGGAAGAUUUCUGCACCAUGAAAACAAAGCCCUUAAGCUUCUAAUGAAUUUCAUUUUCACUUAUUUUUGUGAUUUACUGGUGUCUUACAAGCUUGAUGUGGAUGUAUUUUGUUUAGUUAUUUUUCAGUGUUUUGUUGUUGUGUUGUAAUGAUUAAUGAUCUGAUGUUACUUUCUAUUUUAUUGGUAAUAUUACGUUCUAAGCAGGUGCAGUGACUACUAAAGUACGAAGGCAGGAUAUGCGCGUCCAUCCUUACCAAAGGGUUGUGACCGCAGAAAGAGGUUAGUUUAGCCCCAGUGUUCAAGCAAUACUUGUGUGUGUGUGUGUGUGUGUGUGUGUGUGGGGAGGUUUCUUCCACUUUCAGUCUUAGUUCAAACUGAAUAUUUCAUCUUAUUUAUGGACAUUUUCAUCAUCCACAAAUAUUCAACCAUUAUUAUCGUUCUUCACGUAUACUGAUACUCUUAGUUCAUGACACAUAUCACAACUUAUAUGAAAGGUAUUGAAAUUAGAAGUGUGUGUGUGUAUGCAAGUGUGUGAAUGUGUGUGUUUAUGCAUGUUCACAAGUUGGGGAUGUACUGACAACGGUGGCAACAAUGAAUAACACUAUAUUUAGUUCAUAAACACAUACAUAUAAAUAUCAUCAUUAAGCUCCUGUUAGAACGGUUAUGUAAGUAAUGUAAUAUUAAGCAGUUGUUAGCACUUAAGCCAAUUCAGAUCUUAAGUACCUGCAUACGAUUAGCCUGAGAUGAUGCAUAAGCUCGAUUUACACCUUGUGUUAACAUGUGAUAUCUGAAUAUCGACCCGAUUAUUUCAUUAUGCCGUUAAUCUGACUAGCAUCAGAAGUCCAGUGUAGGAGAUGUGUCUGUAGUUAUCCACAUGGCAGGAGAAGAAGUUAAAUGUAGGAUUACAUGUAGACGAUUAGUGGCAUAAAUUGUGAGAUUUGUAAAUGUGGUUGUAUCCUGUGGGAUUCUCUGUAAUCCCAGCCUGAUGUUACCAUCCUGUACAUCUUGAGAUCCAACCCUAGUGCAUAUCUGAUAACCUCAUGAGGUCACUUUCUCCAAAAGCACAUGUUAAUACACGGUGUAAAACAAGCUCUAAUGACACUUUUAUAAAGCAAGGUAUAAGUGUUACAUCCAGGAUGGCUUCACAGGUGGAUUUAUCACACUGCAUGUUUCGGAGGUAAAUUCUUAAGCUAUUAGAGGAAGAGUUAUUUGGGUUGUUCAGAGUUAAAUGGACUGUUUACUAGAGCUCUAUUACACUGAUGACCAUGGGAUGACCUUAUGGCUCCCAGUCAAUGAAGGCUGAUGGAGCUUACUUAUUAGCUUCUCUCUUUCUUUCUCUCAUUUAGUUUCCGUUGAGUUCACCUUCUGUGUCUUAGUGUUUCAUUUUUUUUUACUCUUAAAUACAUUCAUGUCUAGCGUCUUCCAUUCAGCCAGUUUUAUCUCGUGCCUGAAAAUCUGUUUUUACUUUUUCCUGAUUAAUUUAUAAAAGGGGAUAUUUUUUUUUGUUUAUUGACCAUGUUUACAAGAAUAAGUCUGUUAUUUGAAGACCAACAUAAUUACAAAUAAGUGUAACACAUUUAAUGUAAAAUUGAUCAACAAGCAACAAUAUUCACCGUACUGUAGUAAACCCAGUAUUGCAUCUUAUGCAAUAUUACAUCAGCCUUGCAGAGCAUGUUUAGAAGCUUUUCCUCAGCAAAAUUACUUUAAUACAGAAAAUUAAGGCCAUUGUGUAACAUUCUGCAUACAGUUUAUAUAUAUGUGUGUAUGUAUACAUAUAUAUAUAUAUAUAUAUAUAUAUAUAAUAUAACUGUAGCAGGCCACUGUAACUUUAUUGUUUUGACCAAUUUUAUUUGUGAUCACAUUUCAUUUUUAUUUAUAUAAUUUCACCUAAUUUGUAUUUGAUGAACCUGUGACCUUUUUUAUAAUUACUGCUCUUAUUAAGGCUUUUACCAGGACCAUAUUUAUAGCAAAAGUAAAACAUAUCUAAGGACUCAGCUUUCAGAGAUGGCUCAAUAAUGAAAAAAUCAAACUAUUUGGGUUUAUGGACUCGUUAUAUAAUAUCAAUGGUUCCUAAAAGUUAAAUGUAAUGGUAAUUGUAAGAUUACUGAUUUGACAUUGAAUUAAAAAAUUAGCACUGUAAAAUCAUAACACAUAACCGACAAACAAAACUCACUAGAUUAAUGAAAAACAAUUGUGAAAUUGCACAAAAUGUCAAAAUAUCUCAUCUGACCUACUGCCCAUGACCUUACAUGAUGUCUUUGAGUCAUAUUAUUAAGAAAUAUCAUAAUGAAAAUCAACACGUGAGCUGUGCCACUUGCGGAGUUAAAACUCUUUAGGAUUCUCACUACCUUUUAAAGUUUAACUACUUAUUUCAUCACAAUUUCACGGAUUAAUGAAGAUCGUCACAUUAUUUAAAAAGGUUAUAAUUAGCUACAGCACAGCAGCUCAAAAUAGCAAAAUGUCACCGAUGUAAAGGUCAAUAAGCAUAACACAAAGGUCAUGGUCAGUGUCACAUGGGGGAAAUUGACAGUAUAUUAUGAAGGGUAUGAAUCGUUUGGGGAGGAGAGCCAUCAUAAGUUCCAAAUCUGAGCAGACUUCUAUAUUAAACUCAACACAGCUGAUAUUCAGAGUGCAUCCUAUUACAUUCCAAGCGCGAUAUGCUGUGCUUAUGAACUCUUAAUAACUCCCCGUACUGAAAUACCUCUUCAUAAACAUACAGCAUAUAGUUUGCACUGAAUCUCUUAAAUCAACAGAUCUUUGUCUGUUAUUAGACAGAGCAAAACAGUGUCAGGAAAAAAAAGACAGACAGAAGAAACCUCAUAGGUUAGAUUUCUUUGUGAUGGACAAAGGACAGGGUGGUGGACUGGGCUGGGACCGAGGUUUUUCAAGCUCUCCGAUCACCACAAUAUUGUCAAGCGUGUCCUUUCUGUAAGAGUUAAACUGAUGAGAAUUCUGUGAUGUUAUUGCGAAACCCGUACCUUUUCUCUUGGCACAGUAUGAUCAGAUGAACUGAAGAAAUAUUCCAUAUUCUAUGUUUUGGUUUAUUGUAAAGUUCUUUGCUUUUUUUAUUAUUAUUAUUAUUAUUAUUAUUAUUAUUAUUAUUAUUAUUGUUGCCAUUGUCUUAUUUGGAAAAAAAAAAACAGUAUUUACUUGCGUAGUGUUUUUCUAUUACGUUUAUGAAAACAAUAUUUCUACAGCAUCAAACAUUUAUGAAAUUCAGAUUAUAUUGUAUAUGUGAAAAAUAGGAAGUAUAUGCUAGAGAAAAAUGCAGAACAUGUUUCUAGAGGCUCAGAUAUUAUAGAAAUUACAAUGAUUUUCUGUAGUACAUUUUAUAUUCUCUGUCCUAUGAAAUAUUGUAGUUUUGUCUAUUUUUUAUUUCCUCAUUAUUCUCCACCUCCGCCUUCAGCAGUCGUUUUGGUGUUCUGUUUCGUUAGCAUUGUGUUUUUUGUAUUAUUGUAAAUAGACAGAUUUUAAAGACAAUAAACUUUGCUUGAGUCAAAAAUGACCUUUUUUUUGUAUUCUGCAAGGGAAAACGCAGUCUUUAUUAUUAUUUUUUUUCUAUAUCUCUUGAUUUUCUGCAAUCACAUCUCUUUAACUACUCAUGAAUUCAAAUCCAUUAUCACUAGCAGCUUUCAUGACUUUGGACUGAAUGAGCACUGUAAUGCUUAAUAGCAGUCAGAGAACAAGCCACUCAUUUAUUUACCUCCUGAAUCGGGUCUAGAGAUCAUAUUCACCUAUCAUAUUUUGACUGCUACUAACCAUUAAGUGGUGGUUUAAUUUUUGAAUUCUGUAAUUGAUUCACCUCUCUGCUUCUUUAACCAUUUUCACCUGGGAGUUUGGGCUUUUGUGUGAAAUCAUGAGGCCGUCAUGAUUUUGCCGUAUUUAAUGUAGAUAUUAAACAGUUUCUCUGACAGUAGCUCUGAUUAGUAAUGUCAUGUUGUCAUCUGACUGUCACUAGCGGACACUAAUCUCCUUCUCUAUCUUUUUUUCUUUUGUGUCCUCCUAUGUGUCCUUUCUUUUGUUUUGUUUUUUUCCCCUUUACGUACCUGUCUGUCCGUUUGUUUCCUAACCACCCAGCUGCCACCGGCAACUAACCAAUGACCCUCUGAGCUCUCAACUCUUCACCCAAUGAUGACCUGACCAUUGCCUGUGUGCUGACCAGUUCUCUGGCUCUCGUCCUUCACUUGUCUCGUACUCGCAGCCUGCUGGUGAGCAACGAAUCAGAUCGAAUUCUCUAAAUUCAACACAACACAGCACAGCAGUGACAGUCCCCCUGAACUCAACCAUACAUCUGUGGACCUCCAGGGUCAGGUGAUCUAGUCUCCACAGCCUACACUGCAGCAAGAUAAAAGCAAUAAUAUGGUUCGGAAUGCCAUGUACAAGCAGUUUUACACACACAGACACACAUUUUUCAGUUUUCCUAGUAGAAUCUAGAGAUUGAGCAUUAAGCUGGAGCUUUGAUUAGGUUGUGGAGACACGCAGGACUGAAGCUUUGCGGCUGUGUAAUUGUGUUCACGUGGAUCAGGGUGUUGGUUUGCGAGAGUACGAAGAUGAGCAGGGGAAGUCUGCGGACGUUUUUGAAGAUAAUUCAAAAUUAAAAUGUACACUGAGAAAGUAAAAGCCAUUCUCGCCCAUCAGCAUCUUGAGCGCAAAUAGAAUAAAAUGCAUUUAUAAAUAAGAAUAAUUUUACAAGCACUGAAUACUAGCUCAUGCAUUUUUGAUAUGAGGGUGCUGCAGGUGAAAUUACUCUAUUUUUCACAAUAUCUCUCUUUUUUGUUUUUCAUUUUUUCCUUUUUCUUUUCUUUUUUUUUUUUACGAAACAACAGUAUGUGAUGUCAAAAUGUACAAAAUGAACAAAGAAGAAAAAGAUUUAUUUCUUUACAAAAUGGAACGAUUUUCGAGACCAAAAUGUCUUUUUUAACUUUUAAAAGUGCCUUAUUUUACAUGAUCAAUGUGGAUGAAUGAUAUCCAUCACUGUUUAUGACAACAUAUCGAUUAUAAUCAGCUCCUCCGUUUCUUUAUUAGGAAUGGAAUGGAAUGCAAAAACACACCCGGCAAAUUAGCCAUUUUUUUUAUUUUUUAUUUGAUCUUAUGUUAACAUUUACGCAUAAUUAUUUCUAACUCAUGUAUACAGUCGUGCCAUGUGUUAACGUGUGACAGCGUAUAUUGGCUACUGGUUACUUUGUGAUAUUCACUCUGGUUCAGCAGUAACGUCUGCUCCACCAUUAUGAGGCUCACGUCAGAACAUUUAUCAACAUCAACAAUAAAAGAGAGAGAAGGCUUUAGUUAUUUAGUCACAGUUUCUCAGAAUUAGCCGUGUGAGACGGACUUGUUGUAGAAGGCGACUUUUUUUUUUUAUUGUACACUAUUAAGAAGUGAACUGUGGAAAAAAAACAAAAAAUACAAAUAGCAUCUUAAAACUAGAACUCUAUGCAAUCGAGUUGCUCUUGCCAAGUUACGUGACGUUUUUCAGCAGGUCUUCCAGAUUACAGAGCCAAGCAUUAACCAGGAAACGAUUCGAUUAGAAACUCAAUCGAGAAUAUGGAGAUUACUUUUAUUUAAUUUGUAAAAUGAUUAACAAGAAUAAUCGUGGUUGUUAUAACUGGAUCUCUUUUCUGUUACUUUUGUAUGUAGUGCCACAUAUUAAGUACUGUUUAAAUGUCUAGAAAAUCUGUUAUGUCCUUUUUUUUCUUCUUUUUCUUCUUUCUUUCUUUCUUUCUUUCUUUCUUUUUUUUUUACAUGUGGGAAUCAGCACAGGAAAAUAUUUAGAAUCAAUUUCUCAAUUAACUUCAAAACUGGAGUUUCUAACUUUGACCUGUUUCAUUUGUUUUUAUGAGCAGUAUUAUAUUAUAAGUUCGGGUGAAUAGCUCUGUGUGUGUGUGUGUGUGUCUGUGUGUGUGUGUGCGUGUGUCUGUGAGUGUGUGUGUGUGUGUUUGAUUCCAUGAAUAUGAUCUACACCAGUCAACUGCACCUCCCUUUUUUAAGCAGUCAUGUUUAUUCCAUUGGAAAUGUCUGGUCCUAUUUAUAACCAUUGUAACAACUAUAAAAAAUGUAUUUUUCUAUCACAUUUUGUAUGUAUGAAAUAACAUUAAAUCAUGUUUUCUGAUAUGAACUCUUAUGCCUUAUUACAGAAAUCGAGAGGUUUUUUCAGUCCAUCAUGAUUUGUGUUAUUCCAUGGAAAUCUGGUGUUAGAAUAUCAUAUCAUCAUUUAAAUACGGACAAAAUGCCAAUGAGGUUAUUAUUAUUAUUAUUAUUAUUAUUAUUAUUAUUAUUAUUAUUUUGAGUUAUAGAACAAUAUUAUUUAAUGCCCAGCAUAAUGUUGUAGCCAUUGCUUCAAUUCCCUUUUUAAUUUAGCGUAAUCGAGUUUGCUGGGCCACUUGGUUUGUCUUUUUGAGUUUUAGUGUUGCUUGACUUCUGUGCCUUUCUAUGUAAAGUGUGAGCUAAUAACAGUUUUGUUUAUAUAAUCUGAUUAAUCUUUUCUUGCCUCUGGUACUAACAUUCAAAGAUCUUUAUCUUUAACCACUUUGAUAAUUUGUCUGCUUUGAAUCUUUUCAAAUCAAAUUGUGUGAAAUUAAGCUGAAGAGUGUUGAACUGACAUUUUAAAGACUAAACUCUGUACUGAAAAGCAAUAGCAGGAUAUUAAAAAUCAUAGUUUUAAAAGAAACUAACUUUGUCGCUCUUUCUCUUGUGCUUUUUAUGUGCCGAUACACAUACUAAUCUUAGCUAGGGUUACAGCAGGCCUGGUGUGUAGCUGAUGGCAGUUUGAACUGUUUCAGCUGUCCCAUGGGUGUUUCGGCAGCUGCGAAAUAUCAUCCUCCACGGCCUAUUGUAGACAAUAAAUGUGAUUGUUAAAGAAAGAGCACUGAGCGUGAAAGAAAAAUAGUAUACUUGGUUAAGCUUUGCAAAAAGAACUUACACUCACAUGGCACAAAUCUGCUGUCUUUUACUUUGUUUUCUUACCACUUAUCAUCUGUUUGUGUUUUCCAUCCUUGCUGUGUGCUCAGUUGCUGUUUUAGUUCCACACUAAAGAGAGAUGUAGGACCAACUGCUCAUCACAGUCAGUAUCUCACUGGAGUACAGAUGUGAAUCAAACUGGUUCCAGGUUUUGAAGGAGAUUGGGGAAUAAAACAAUUUCACACAGCCAGGAAACCAGAAUGACAUCAGCAUGUAUUAUAUAUGAUAAACCCAGUACCACACCCAUCAUCUGCUGUUUUCCUCACAUGUUCAGCUGGCUUGUACACUUGCAUUAACAUUAUUAUUUCAAUUACUUUUUUUAUGAUGAAGGCACAUGGAGGAAAUGGAGAAAACGGCUUUAUUCUGUCCUCAGAAUAUCCUAGUCUCUUUCAGUAUAUCUAUGAUCACUGACUUUUGGCUUUAAAUACACAUCUAAACAUACGGCUAAUGUUGCGCAAACAUGUUUAAUGGAAAGAGAGGAAACUGUUUAAAAAGGUUCCUUAAAUUUGUCCUAGCUCAGGUAAGUCAACAGGUUGAUAAGUUCAUUCUCUGGAAAUUCUUGCUUCCCAUUAUAAGGUUAGAUGUGUGUUGUUGCUUUGAGAGUCACACAAACAUACUGCAAAACCCUGAUCAGCAGACAGAAAUAAUGGCUGUACAAAAAAAAAAACCCAAACAAGCGUAAAAGUCCUACAGAAAGAAA